AUGCUACAAAAAGUGAGGGAUCUGCUAAAAGAGCAUCGUGAACGUUGGAAAGGCUGGAUCGUUGAAGGUUCGAUAAACGGUGUCGAAAUUUCGACGAAAAAACCAACCGAUCGUCAUCCAUUGCGUUUCUUCCGUGUUUGGGUUGAUAUUGAAGCACCGCCUAAAGAAAUUUUAGCCAGGAUUAUUCGAGAAAGGAAUCUCUGGGAUACACAAACGAUAAACUGGCGAACAGUUGCAACGCUGAAUGUCGAGAAUUGCGAUUUAUUCCAGUAUGUUAUCAAUGAUACUCCAUCACAUCCGACACGGGAUGUUAUGGUACUCAGGCUAUGGCGAAUUGAUAUGAAGGAGCUUCGAGGUGGCUGUGUGCUGGUGGAGCGGUCCGUACAUUCCAGCGAAACCCAGCUUCUCGGUGGCAUAUCU